UUCUCAAAAAUCUCGAUAAAUAAAUUAUUUUCUCUUCUCCAAAAUUCAACUCAAUAAUCCCUUCCCUGGUUCCCAUCAUGGACGAAUUAGAAGAAACCCUACUCACCCAAAUCGACUGGGAAUCGUUCCUCGACGACAUACCUGAACUUAACGUCGAUGAUUUUUUGCAGGACGACAACGCCGUUCCUGUUGUUACCGACAAUCAUUCCUCCCCGAACGACGACCCCGUUUUGUCCGAGAUCGAGAACAUGCUCAUGACGCAGGCCGAAAACGACGCUGUCGUUUUGCCCGAGACGCCGUCUUCGGAGGCCGGGUAUUACAAGCUCUUCGAGGAGAUUCUGGUGGAGGAGCCCAAGGAAGGACCCGUGAGCCCGCCUUCAAAAAUAGAGUCCGAGGAAGGCUCCGACAAAGACAAGACCGAUGAUGCUGCUUCCGAUGAACCCAUGUCGAAGAAAUUAAAGAGGCAGUUGAGGAACAGGGAUGCUGCUGUGAGGUCAAGGGAGAGGAAGAAGUUGUAUGUGAAAAACCUUGAGAUGAAGAGUAGGUACCUAGAAGGGGAAUGCAGAAGACUGGGGCAUUUGCUCCAGUGCUGCUAUGCUGAGAACAACGCUUUGCGGCUUUGCUUGCAAUUGCGUGGUACAUAUGGUGCUUCAAUGACCAUGCAGGAGUCUGCUGUGCUCUUGUUGGAACCUCUGCUGUUGGGUUCCCUGCUGUGGUGCAUGGGCAUCAUAUGCCAUCUCAGUCUGCCUCUAAUGCUGUGGGUUGCAGCAGUACUUCCAAGAGAAAACAUCGAGCAGAAGGGCCUAAGAAGGGUAACUCAAAAAGGAUCAGAAAGUAAGAUCUCUGAGUGUUUCCAGAUGCAAUCAUUUUUAAAGAGUAGAAAAAGCCGAGCUUCAAGAACAAAGAUGAAAUUCAAUUUUAUAGUGUUCUAAUGUUCUAUAACUUCUGAAGUGGGGGCUCUAAGGUUUUCUAUUCAUCUCUUCUUUCUUUCGUUCGUUUUCUCUUUUGUUUUAUUGGAUUUAUAAAUACGGUCGAACUUGUUAGAGGUUCUGUGAUAUGCUUUUUUAGGUGCUGUUCUUGUAACUUAUAUUGGGACCAUAACAUGUUGCGUUCUUAUCUUUAACAUAGACGUCGUUUUGAGUUUUUGGCAGUUCAAUGAAACUUAUUGUUUGCACCA